UCGUUUUAUCCUGGAGUGGCGUUGUAUGGGUCAUUAUGCACCAGGUAUUUCCAUUGACAAACGUACGCGAGAAUCGACGGUCUUAGCUGUUUAGACAUUGCCAUGGUAGCAAACAUUGACUGGAUGAAUGACUGGAAUCAGGUCAAAGUAGAGACAGCUAUCACGAGGCCAUUCCAACAACAGGGCUUGGUAUCUGUGACACCACGCCGCCCGGCUUACUUGAUGUCAUUCUCCGUGAGACGCGUAACGUGGAAUAUAUUUGGAGGUGGAUGUACAGCAUAGCGUGUAUAUAGAUACUGGAUACUGGACACUACUGAUUGGAUUCUGAUGUGUGUUGUUUUUGCAUUAGCACCUACAACGACGUACUUGACAAAGGUAACGCAUCAGUGACGAUGGAGCACCUGGUACGAAGGUACGACUUCAUGACGGCGGGCCAUGACCAGAGAGUUGACUUCAGCAAUGAACAGAGAAUAAACUCCGACAAGUACGAGGCGGUGGUGAACGAGGAGGAUCUCCUUGGGGCGUUCAGGUUGCUGAGGAAGGGGGUGUGUCGACCGGAUUUCCCCGGAGAGAGUUCUGAUCAGUUUUAUUUCGCUAAAGAUGUGCUGGAAAAUCUGAUGACUUGGUCAGAGGAUUUGAUGGAAAAUGGGAAGAUGAAAUCCUUGUCCCGCAUCCAUGACUUCUGCUUCGACUUCCUUCACGACCUGAUCCAGCAGGGGCCGGGGACGACACACAUGAAGUUGUGGAGCUUGAUGUUUGGCAACCGUGGCUUUGGGUUUAAAGAGUAUUAUCAUAACCUCACAGGAGACAAGCUGAAGAGUCACGUACGGUUUCUGAUGAGGGAGUACAGGAGCCGGGAGCCUGGGCCUGACAGAGAGAGGUUCGAGAUCACCUUUAGAACAGCCAUCGAUUACAUCGUUGGAAAAGACUGCUUCAAAGAGGAAACUUUCAAGGAAAUGCAGACAGAGUUCAUAGAAUUGUACAUUUACCUAGAGUUAACGUUCCUGACUCGUUCAAAGGAAGUUCAGGAAAUCCACCACCGCAUUCCACAUAGUCUGUGGUAUAUAUAUGACAGGAACAUCUUCAAGGACAUCAUUGACCCCGAGAUGUACAAACGUUUCCUGAAGCGUCUUGCAGACAUCAUCUGCCAUCUCAACCUCACCACCGAGGAGUCCGAGAAGGUGCUCAAGAGUGUAACUGAUAUUGUUCAGAUGUUGCUGUCAGCGAUCGGCAAGACGUUCAUGCUGCACAAAGUUCACGCAGACAUCAUGGACUUUGUGACUGCGAUCUGCACCAGGAAAGCAGGGAGCCCCAUCCACCCCAUUAUAAAGGCUGUUGGAUAUUUCCUGUUCCACACAAAGGAGGAGAAGGCCAAGCCUACUAUAACGGGCAACUCUGAGCUGUUCACUGUGAUGGCGAGGAAGCUGAUUGACCUGUUGACCAACCUGGAGGACCACACCCUGAUGCGGGUCAAAUUUGUUGACGCAGCUGUAUAUGAUGUUCUUAUAAAGGCCAUGAACAAAACUCCUGAACACCGUAGGUUGAUGAUAGACCUGAUGAAGGCAUGUCUACGGAUCAACCAGCCGAUGACAGCCAAGGCGGCCUAUAAUUGCGUCAGGGAAGCUGAAAAGUUUCUGAAAUGGAAGGAGCAUGUGAACGAUGCGCAUGAGAUUCUGGACAUCUUGAUGACAGUCCGAGUGUUUGGAGAAGAGAAAGAGAUCAAGGAGUUUGCUGAAUCCUACAAAAACUUUUGCAGUUACUUCGCCGAUCAAUUGAAGAGGGAUCGUAUAAUUCCCCAAAUGGUUGACAAAAUGGUCGAAUUUAGUUUGAAAAUUCUCGAGAGGAGAGAAGGGCGCCUGUUCGAAGCUGGACGUGAAGUUGCAGAUGAAAUAGAGUUCAUCGGAAAGAAAAACAAGGACCUGAUAAUGUCGACGUUUUCCAAUCUGCUGCCCUUCCUGAAGGAUCCCAACUUUCCCUGGAAAGCCGACUGGUUCGGUUAUUCGGGCAGGAUUGUUAGCAAGCUUGCCUCGAGCUCGAUUGAAGCCUUAGAGCCAAAAAGCAUUACUGAAAAGGACCUAAGUGUCAUUGCCUACUUUGUGAUGACGGUGAUGAAGGGAGACUUCAUUGAUGAGGAAACUAACACACCAAGCACAAUCUACUUCCAGCUGUACUGUUCGGUCGCGACACAAUUUCUGAGCCUUCUGGACGACCAGGAGAAGAUGCAGCGAGCCAUCCUGGUGGUGAGAGAAAUCGUCAACUUGCUGUCUCACGAAUAUAGCGAAGUUUCUGACAUGGCCAUGGCCCAGGUCAGCGUCGUUGUGGGGAAUGGGUCAAAGAUCAUGGCACCGUUCUUUCCCAAGCUGAUGGACGUCUACAUGGACACAGAGAAUUCCACAUUGUUAUAUCCCCUUAGUCAAAUCUACCCACACUACCCCAACCUUCAAGAUCAACAAUUCCAAACUCUCUUCGAGUUAAUCGACACCCCAGAACGGUCGUCUGUAUUACACUGGUGUACAGAGAUAGCCAAGAAACAACCGAAUUUGUUCACUGAGGACCAUAUUGCAAAGCUGAUUGAGGAGAUGUUCCAAGGCGAUGAAAGGAUGCAGGCAAUGUAUUUGAUGGUCAUGGAACCACUCUCCAAGAAGAUGCCAAGAAAGCUCAUCCCCAACCUGAAAACCCUGAUGGAAGGCGAUGUUAACUCCCAAUAUGGUGCCAAGUAUCAACUCUUCGUUGUUCUGAAGAAUGUGGCCAUUAUGAGUGACGAUGAGGCUGUGGCAGAGGAAGUGAUGGCAUAUCUAGAGAAGACCCUUCGAGAUCCUGAAGACGACAUGGUGACUUCCUCCUGUCUCAAUGAGAUGCGUGCUAUAGGUGGUGUAUACCGACCACUGUUGGAGCGUCGUAAACCAGCCAUAGGGGACUUGAGGAAACGAUCUACUGUCCAGACAACAAAGGAUCAGUGUACCUUUAUCUUGGAUGUUCUGGAAGGAAGAAGCCUGGAGUCCCUGGCUGAAGAGAUCAAGGAUGUAAAAGAAGAUGUGGAGGAACUGGACACACGAGUGACCAGGACUGAGGUUGGCCUGGUGCUGCUCAACCAAGAGGUGGGUGAGCAGCGGGAGGAGCUGGAUGGGGUCAAAGUCGAUGUUAAGGCUCAUGGCGAGAAGAUUGGCCAACUGGAGGAGACAGUGGAUGACACCAAGGCUAAAGUGGAGGAACUCGAUGGAAAGACACUCAGUCAUGCUCCCUUCUGGGCAAGAGACGUGGCCAAACUGCUCCACCCUGAAGACCUUCUGGACUGGACACUUCUCUCUAGACGUCUUGGCUACACCAAUGAUGACAUCAGGAGCUGGGCUCAGAUGCACGACCCAUGUAUGGCCAUGCUGAAUGAAUGGUACGCCACUCGGAAGACGAGGGAAGCCACAUACGCUGUGCUGACUGCACUGCAAGAGAUGGACAGGAUGGAUGCCGCUGUGAUCGUGGAGAAUGCAAUGAAGAUGACAGAAGCUGUAGUCGAGGACGAAGAGUUUGAGUACCCAGAGCCUCCAGAGGUGUUCAUCAGCUACCAGUGGGGAAUCCAGAACGAGGUGAAGCUUCUGAAGCUGCACCUGGAGAAGGCGGGCUUCACGUGCUGGAUGGACAUUGGUCAGAUGGGAGGCGGAGACAAGCUGUUCGAGAAGAUUGACAAGGGAAUCAGGGCAGCCAAGAUCGUCAUCUGUUGUGUCACUGGCAAAUAUGCCAAGUCUCCAAACUGCAAUAGAGAGGUGAACCUCUCGGUAAGCCUGGGUAAGCCCAUCAUCCCUCUGUUGAUGGAGAAACUAUCAUGGCCACCACCAGGCUCAAUGGGGCCAAUCUUCAGUGAGUAUCUGUUCAUCCGAUUCUUCACCCGGCCUGGGGAGGAGACGGGUGACGUCAGGUACUGGUCAGCAGCCAAGUUCCAGGAACUCCUGAUGCAGGUCAACUACAACAACGUCAAGCCGGAGGAACAGAAGGUGGAAAAAGAAUACAAGAACUGGUGGUGUCCUGUGGCUGAAGUAAUCAAAAUAGAAAAGAAGGAUGUGAAGGCGAUGACGGCCACCAGUCAGCAGAAACAGGAGGAGGUUGAAUCUGGAGCAGCCUCUCCUGAUGUAUUCAUCUCCUACCAGUGGGGAAAACAGAAGCAGAUUCAACUCAUGUACAAGCGUCUAACUGAGAUGGGCUUCACCGUCUGGAUGGACAUCUACCAAAUGGGAGGUGGGGACUCCCUCUAUGACAAAAUUGACAAGGGUGUGCGGGGGGCAAAGAUCGUGCUCACGUGUGUCACCUCGAAGUAUUCUCUGUCAGCCAACUGCAGGAGGGAAGUCAGUCUCGCUGAUGCCCUCAAGAAGCCAAUAGUGCCUCUGUUGCUGGAGAAGAUGACAUGGCCACCAUCUGGUCCGAUGAGCAUGGUGUUCACUCAGCUUCUGUACAUCAACUUUGCCAAGGAUGAAUCUGUUCAGGAAAGAUGGGAUGGAGAAAAGUUUGAUGAACUAUUGACCAAAUUAGAUCAGUACGUGCCGAAUAUUAUUGUGUCAGGUGAUGAGGAACCAGAAGAACCUGUUCCGUCUACUGAAGUGAAUAUUGACGAUAAGGAGGACACACCACCAUCGACCCCAGAGCCCGAACAACCACCACAAAAACAGCAGCCGUCUCAACAACAGCAACAACCACGAACAGAAAGGAUUCCACAGCAGUAUCAGCAACCUCCUCCACAACAACCCCCGCCACAAUCCCAGCCGCAGCAACAGCCCCCGCCUCAGCAGCAACCACAGAGACAUCAACCACCGCCCAGUCAACCAGAGCAAAAGAAGUCAAGGUCCUGCUUGAUAUUGUAGAAACACAUUUAGCCUUUCCCGAACACUUGGUUUCAUCAGUGAUCCAUCCACAUAGUUUUUACUUCUAUUUUGCCCUGUUCGCCCAUUGGUGUCGGUUUCAGCGGACUGGAUAUUCUUGUGUUGAUGUUUAAUUUAAAAGCAAACCGUGACAAACUGUCAAUAAAAGCGAUAAAACCCUU